CCUCUGACUGACUUCAGCCCGAGCAGUGCGGACGGAGCAGAAGCCUGUCUGGAUGGAGGACGAGCCGUCCGCUUGAUCUGUACCGACACCCGUGAACAGCACCGAGGGGCUCAUUCAGACUUAGUUAUCUGCAUUUGUUAUUUCUUUCUGAGAGCGACCAUGCGGGCGUCGUGCUGCAGACACGGUCGCUGUGCUGUGCUGUGGUGAUGCUAGGAGCUAACGCCAGCUAGCAGAGGGGUUGUUUUUGGGGGAGAAACCUUUUCCAGACCUGUAAUCUGACACAUGCGUUAAACUCCUUCUGUGGUCGUGCAUCAAGCUGGGACACAGACGGGGAUGUCUAGCCAAGGGGUGAGGAGGAACGGCCCGGUGAAGCUGCGGCUGACAGUCCUGUGUGCAAAGAACCUGGCAAAAAAAGACUUCUUCCGGUUGCCAGAUCCUUUCGCCAAAGUGGUGGUGGAUGGCUCAGGACAAUGCCACUCUACAGAUACUGUGAGAAAUACUCUCGACCCAAAGUGGAAUCAACAUUAUGAUCUAUACAUCGGAAAGGCAGACUCGAUCACCAUCAGUGUGUGGAACCACAAGAAGAUCCAUAAAAAGCAAGGCGCAGGUUUCCUCGGCUGUGUCCGCCUCCUGUCAAACGCCAUCAACCGACUCAAAGACACUGGCUAUCAAAGACUGGACCUGAAUAAGCUGGGCCCCAAUGACAAUGAUACUGUGAGAGGACAAAUAGUCGUAAGUCUUCAGUCCAGAGAUCGCAUCGGUUCAGGAGGACCUGUGGUGGACUGCAGUCGUUUGUUCGACAAUGACUUACCUGAUGGCUGGGAAGAGAGGAGGACAGCCUCUGGAAGGAUACAGUACCUGAACCACAUCACACGUACCACCCAGUGGGAGAGACCUACAAGGCCAGCGUCAGAGUACUCCAGCCCAUCAGGGCGGCCGCUGAGCUGUGUGGUGGACGAGAACACGCCAGUGAUGACGCCUGUUAACGGGGCCGAGGCCAGCUGCCCACCGGGGGAACCGCGGAUCCAGGAGAGACGGGUUCGAUCGCAGCGGCAUCGCAACUACAUGAGUCGAACACACCUGCAUACACCACCUGACCUGCCUGAGGGUUAUGAGCAAAGAACAACUCAGCAGGGUCAAGUCUACUUCCUCCACACACAGACUGGAGUCAGCACCUGGCAUGACCCACGGGUGCCCAGGGACCUGAGCAAUGUGAACUGUGAGGAGCUGGGCCCACUGCCACCAGGCUGGGAGAUCAGAAACACAGCCACAGGUCGCGUCUACUUUGUCGACCACAACAAUCGAACAACACAGUUCACAGACCCGCGACUAUCUGCUAACCUGCAUCGUGUUCUCAACCCAAGUCCAAAUGGUUCCCGUGUUGCCAUGGACAGCCAAAACACACAACACAGUCAUCCGACUCCGCUGAAGGACCAGAGUGGUCCUUGCGUCCCUCAGCAGGCUCUGUCCCCAGCCCAGCUGCCCGAGGAGGCAGAGUGCCUGACGGUGCCCAAGUACAAGAGAGACCUGGUGCAGAAGCUGAAGAUCCUUCGACAGGAACUUUCUCAGCAGCAACCCCAGGCCGGCCACUGCCGCAUCGAGGUCUGCCGUGAAGAGAUAUUUGAGGAGUCGUACCGGCAGGUGAUGAAGAUGCGUCCAAAGGAUCUCUGGAAAAGACUGAUGAUCAAAUUCAGAGGAGAAGAGGGGCUGGACUAUGGCGGGGUAGCAAGGGAAUGGUUAUACCUGCUUUCCCACGAGAUGCUGAACCCCUACUACGGCCUGUUCCAGUACUCCAGAGAUGACAUCUACACGCUACAGAUUAACCCUGACUCGGCUGUCAACCCGGAGCACCUGUCGUACUUCCACUUCGUGGGUCGCAUCAUGGGCAUGGCGGUGUUCCACGGCCACUACAUCGAUGGAGGCUUCACUCUGCCCUUCUACAAACAGCUGCUGGGAAAACCGAUCACGCUGGACGAUAUGGAGUCUGUCGACCCGGACCUCCACAACAGCCUUGUCUGGAUCCUGGACAAUGACAUCACUGGCGUCCUGGACCACACUUUCUGUGUAGAGCACAAUGCCUACGGAGAAAUCAUCCAACAUGAGCUCAAGCCCAAUGGCAAGAGUGUCCCAGUUACAGAGGACACCAAGAAGGAGUAUGUCAGGUUGUAUGUGAACUGGCGUUUCCUGCAUGGCAUCGAGGCUCAGUUUCUGGCUCUGCAGAAAGGUUUCAAUGAGGUUAUUCCUCAACACCUGCUCAAAUCCUUUGAUGAAAAAGAACUGGAGCUGAUAGUGUGUGGUCUGGGAAAGAUUGACAUCUCUGACUGGAAGUCCAACACCCGUCUGAAGCACUGCACCCCCGACAGCAACAUAGUCAAGUGGUUUUGGAAAGCCGUGGAGUCGUUUGACGAGGAGAGGAGGGCCCGGCUACUGCAGUUUGUUACUGGCUCAUCCAGAGUCCCUCUGCAAGGCUUCAAGGCUUUACAGGGUGCUGCAGGGCCCAGACUCUUCACCAUUCAUCAGAUCGAUGCUAACGCCAACAACCUGCCCAAAGCCCACACUUGCUUCAACCGGAUUGACAUUCCGCCCUACGAGAGCUACGACAAGCUAUACGACAAGCUGCUGACUGCGAUCGAGGAGACCUGUGGCUUCGCAGUGGAAUGAGAGACACGUUGGAGAGUGUGUGUGUUUGUGUGUGAACAUGUGUGACUGUGUGCAGGACUCUGAUGGACUAUUAUUGUCACUGCGACGCACCGACAGGCUCCCUCAGAGCCGCCUGUCUUCCUCUCACCGCUCUCCACAUUCUUCCCUUAUCGAUGUCUGUUUGAACAGCUGCUACAGAGUCCUCCCCUGUCUUUUUAAUUCGUAUUCAUUUAUCUGUUUGGGUUGGGUUUUUUUUUGUGUAGUUUGUAUGAAAUACGGAGAGCAAAGUACGAGCUGCUGCAUUUCUUUCUCAACAGCUGUGGGUUGUUGUGAGUGAGCAGUUUGUUUUUGACAGCUCCUUUUGCAUUUAGAAAAAGAAAGGCACCGCCCGGUCACCUCACUUCAAAUUUAAUUAAAUCAGGAAGUAGUUUAUCAACUUACAGUUUAACAUCGUACAAAAGUUUUUUCAAAAUUGCCCCUAGGCAUUUGAGAGUCGAGAGUCAUUAUAUUGUUUUGCAAUUUAAACUGAUUGAAUUGAUCCAUGUCAUGCUACUGAAUCUUUAACACUGCAGUUAGCCAUAUCUUGCCCUUUUUUAGCCAUAUCAACCUCAACCAAUACACCUUCCAAUCCUCAUGGCUGCAGAAAUGGUGUGCUUUAUAAUGUUGUAGCGCCACAAAUUCCUCCUACCUCUGUGUAUUUCUAUUUGAGGGGUUUCAUUCCAAAAUGGUAUGUAUUAAUAGCUAAUUUAAUUCAAAAGUGGUUUGUUUUUUUGUUUUUCAAUAAUGCUCCAUAAUUAGUCUGAUUUUCAUACCAGCAGUCAUUUUGUAACUGCAAAACCAUUUUAUUGAAAUUCUCAUACAGUGUGUCUUGGAUAUAGGUCUGAUGUUUUGUGGUGUUUUUUUGGUUUGAGCUCAUGGUGGGUUGUUAAAAAAUGAGGGACAGACUCUGGUGAAGAAGAAGGUGUAAAUCUAUAUAUAUUUUUCCCCCAUAAUCACUGCAGUGUGGCCACAGUGUUCUUCAUGCUUAAACAUUCCUAUUCAAGGAAGGUUGACAGAUUAUAGAUGAGUUCCCCAUUAACUCUACUAGCACAGUAUCUCAUAUUUACAGCUGCAGAGAUGAUUGACCCUCACUUUUUCGAGCCUGGUUCGUCUUCCUUUUCUCUCACGUUUGUCUCUGGCAGUUACAAGUAUGCAUGCUUUUCUUUUGUUCUUUUCUCUUUUUUUUUAAUCCAACUCAGAAUAACCCAGCACACCUCCCGUCAGAUCAUAUGUUGAAGGGCACAACUGUCCAGAUGGGACCAGGCUUGAUGAGGAGCUGUUGAAGGCAGGCGUCUAUUUUCAGUCCCAUCGUCAGUUUAGAAAGGCAGAAGUAUCUCUUUGUCUCUCCCUUGUCACUUAAGAGCACUUUACAAACUGAGCAGUGAUGGCAGGAGUGCUCUCUUCACGUUAGAUUUAAUUAUAUCAUUUCAUUUGCUAUGUGACUUCAUUAGAAAUAUACAGAGUAAAAAAGUAUCUAUACACCUGUCAUUUUUAGUAUAUAUGUACAAAAACAUAGCUAUUUUGUAUAUGGUUGCUUUUUCUUUCUGUUUGAUUCAAAUGCAAGCAUGUUGGUGUCUUCACAGACUUCUUUGCAUUCUCAGGUGAAGUUUUUUUGUUUUUUUUACAUUUAUUUGGCUAGUGUGUGAGGAGGGGUAAAUCUGGUUGUAAUGAAAACUAUAUUUUGGAGGCCCUGUCUUUAAACCCAUGAUAGAGCGUAAAGGUUGGCAGUGUAAAGUGAUUUUGGUCAAUUGCUUUCACCUAUUAAAACACACAUACCUUCAUAGGAGGACAUGAAUGGCCAUAUUUGCUGCUCUGAAGGUCUGUGUUGCUACUGAAAUCCAAACAGCAUAGACAGCAAUGUUGUUUCAUUUGCACAGGAGCAGUCUGGUUGCAACAUGAAUUUUUAAAAGCGACAGAAUGGACUGAACGCUGAUCGUGGCCUCAAACCCUCAGAGCCUCAAAUGUUGGAGGUUGAGUGCUGCUGAACUCCUGCGUGCUACACGGUGAAAAUGUUCAACCAAAAUGAAAAGUCACCUAAAACCAGAGAGGCAGCAGUGAGAAGCAGCUCCAUCAUCACAGCCUCCAUCCAAAGAAAACCUCUGCAUGAAUGGACGCUAAAGAGAUAAAGCCUAUUUAUUUGCAUAAUUAUCACUCCUUGAAAACUUUUUGAAUUGGAAAAUCUGUUAAAUGUUCUUUUUUUUAAAUGUAUACUGCCUGCAUUUAUUUGUAACCAUGAACAGUUUGUUAGCUGAUACUCAGAAACCUUGAGUUUUUUUUGUUAAGUAGUCAUCAUGAGAAAAAACAGAGAAACGCAACAUGAAAUUGUUGUCUUUGUACAGUUAAAUAGGGUUUAUUUGAGUUUACCUUUAAUUACCUGACUCAAAGGCAGGAAAGAAAUGCAUUACACAAUUAUUAUAAUUUUUUUUUGCACACAUUAUGCAUACUUGGGCUCCAAGUUAUAAUCAGACACUUCCUUCUAUUUACAUAAUAGUUAAUGGACUGAUCAAGUUUUUUUUUAUGUAGAUAAAACAUAUAUACACACACGUUCUUGAUAUGCACACAUGUAUGUUUGUCCACUUCUGCUCUUUGUAACCUUGUUGGCACCAUGUUUUCUGGCUGGUUCAGUCUUCAGUGCAAAAGUUUUUGGGGUUGAGAGCUUCGAAACAGGGGAAAUCCCACUUUUCCCCAGAAAAGCAGCCAAAUUUGUCAGACAUUUUCAACAGCAGGUUGUAAAAAAGUAAAAAAAAAACGAAAGGUAAAUUGUUAACGUUUCAAGCUUUGAACACCUGUGAUGUGAGGAGGUUUGUGUUUAGCCUGAUUGAUCUGAUGAAUCUGAAUAGAUUGAGCCAGUUCUGGCCAAAAUGAUUUACUUUAAUGCUGGUUUGAUUGGUUACAAACCAGAACAAGCAGUGUAAUGUUCAAGUCUCUCCCCAUAGUUUAAGUACAAAUUUAUGUUUGUGUGCGCGUGUGAGAAUGACUUGAUUGAAUUUAGUACAAAACAGUAAAAAAAAUUGUAGUUUUUUUUUUUUUUUAAACGGCACCAUGUUUUAUUUCUUUUGAUUUUCCUAUCUGUUUUUGUAUUUAUUAUUACAGUAUACUGUAUGUGUUCAUAGUUUUUCACAUCAGCUGCUCUGUGAGCUUGUAACUGACACCUGUACAUAAGUACAAUAAAGAAGCAAAGUAAUAAACUUCUUGUACCCUUGCAGAAAGCUGAGCAAUAAAACUAUGCUGUUUGGACCUCACAGCAUUAUGUUUU